UGACAAUUGGGCAAGCUGCCUUUGGUCGCUUGGGUUUCACAAUAUCGCCUGGCUAAAUAAAUCGGCCACACCCAAUCCCGGUGUUCAUUAGUCCUGAUCUGACACCAGCAUCGGAUUAAAAUUACAGCAGAAAUUAUGUCUCGAUCUGCAUGUACGCCAGCAUAUAUCCCGCAAAGAACCCAGCCAAUGCGGAAGUAAGGCGUUCCAAGACAAGCCAAAAUGGCCACCUUGCUCGAUGUUCGAUUAAAGAAAGUAAAUAAAAUCUACAGGGAAGGGGAUGUGGUGGCCGGGUUAGUGGUCAUCCAGAGCAAGGACAGUGUCCAGCACCAGGGCAUCACACUGACCGUAGAGGGAAAUGUGGGACUGCAACUAAGUGCUAAAAGUGUUGGACUCUUUGAAGCUUUCUAUAACUCACUGAAGCCAAUCCAACUCCUUCACUACAACCUUGACAUUGCCAAGCCAGGCAAACUGCCAUCAGGGAAGACAGAGAUUCCGUUUGAAGUUCCUCUCAAACCCAAAGGCAAUAAGACACUGUAUGAGACUUAUCAUGGAGUCUUUGUCAAUAUUCAGUAUACCAUUAAGGUAGACAUGAAGAGGUCACUGUUAAAUAAAGACUUGCAAAAACAGUUAGAGUUUAUUGUAGAAUACAAGGAACAAGAAGAAAAAGCCAAAGCCAAAGUUGUGCAAUUUACGAUAUCACCAGAGACUUUACAGAAUGUGAAAGAGAAAGUGAAUGUGCCAAGAUUCAAGGUGAAGGGAAAGCUAGAUACAGCAGUUUGCCUGAUAACCAAACCCUUCACUGGAGAGUUAACAGUAGAAAGCAGUGAAGCCCCACUCAAGUCUAUAGAGCUGCAGUUAGUCAGAGUGGAAACAUGCGGCUGUGCAGAGGGUUAUGCUAAAGAUGCCACAGAGAUCCAAAACAUCCAGAUAGCAGAGGGGGAUGUAUGCCGUGGUAUAAGUAUUCCUAUUUAUAUGGUCUUUCCUCGCCUCUUUACCUGUCCCACACUGGCCACUAAUAACUUCAAAGUUGAAUUUGAAGUCAACAUUGUAAUAGUGUUCCAAGAUGACCGCCUUGUCACAGAGAACUUUCCCAUUCAACUGACAAGGUUUUAGCCAGAAAGAC